GACUUAGGUAUUGUGUUUGUCGCUCAACUUCGGCAGUUUUUUUUAAAAAAAUAGCUUCCAUCCGCUGGUUCACUCCGCAGGUGCCGCACGCACAGCUGGGCCUGGGCCAGGCUGCCACGUGGGUGUCGGGGACUGCGUGCUCCAUCAUGUGCUGCCUCCCUGGCCCUCAGCCGAGGGGCAGGCAACCCCGGCUCCAGUGUGAGAGCCCCAGCUCUGACAAUGAUUAACUUACAGUUAAGAGCAGUCUUGUACCUCCUCCCCCAAACUGUAUUGUUUUGAAGCAAAUCUUAAACAUCGUAUCACAGUGUUAGAGAUUUUGACUUUUACCAGAAUGCUCCUAAAAUGUGCUUUUAAAAGAAUCAGUUGUCAUUUUGUUUGCUUGGCUUCUCAUCUCUGAACAGAUUACUUGGUUACUGUGCAGUGGGGAAAAGACUAGCAGCUGAGCUAGUUUUGAUCAGUGCUUUCCCGCUCUCAAAGUCAAAUCCCAAAUGUGGCCUUGCUUCUCUGUGUGCAAAAGUAACUCUUGAGCCAUGAAAGACUAAUUGAAGAGCCAUCAGAAAGACAGAUUUCCUAUCCCUUUGUUGGUGGAGACCUACCUGCUAGGCCCCUUUAAAUAGGCAGGAGCUUUGUGUCAAAGUUAAACCACAGUAAUGCACCAUGAAGCUUCCCAAAGUUUCUUUAGCUGGUUGUGUAAAUAAAUGCCGUCUCAGUAAGUAUUAAGCGAAGGAUGUUUGAUUUCAGAAUCUUUGUAGAAUUGUUUUCCAGAGUCCCCAUCUGCUCUAUUUACAAACAGCACAUUGUUAGUAAUUAUGAGUGGAAUCUUAAGUUUUGUGACUAGUGUGAAAUCAAAAUAAGUGUUCAUAUUUUUCUUGUUUAAAAGGAGAUCUCUCCUAGAAGUAUUAUAAAUAUUUGCUAUUGUUACGUAAUUUUCAAAUUUCUGUCCUGAACAGUUUCUAGUUUGACUUGUAACAUUGUUAUUUCAUUCUUGUGGGUUUUCAUUGAAGCUUGAUCAGGGGUACAGUGGAAACGUUAUAUAUUAUAUUUUAGUUACUACAGCCUGGGAGAUUUGGAAAUUAAAAUUAAUCUGAGGAAAAAUCUGUUGAGUAUCUAGGGGAGGACACAACAUUUAUUUUUUAAACAGUGCUUAGUGCUUCCUAUCAGGCUUACCAGUAAAACUUUUAAGUGUUUAGAACUGUUACCAUAAAUAGCUGCUUCAGGAUAAAUUGCUGUCUUUUAAGAUUCAGCCAGAAAACCCACUUAUACACAGAUUAUUUUAAGUUUAGAAAUGAACGUGACUCACAGAACUUUUCCUCCCAACUCUGAAGUCCAAACGGUUGAUAUUAUUCUGAGGGUAAUCAUUAAACAGCGGCCUAGACUGUGCUGCCCAUCCCGGCUCUUCCCCAGGUACCGUGCAGGCUUUAGCGGGGAGGCGCAGUGAGUCUCUGUGUAGGGCAGCUUCUUGGACACUGUGUUUGCUGAAUGGAGUCAAAAUGAAAUUCACCAGCCUAAAGACGAGACUUCGUGUGACGUCCUAAGUCAGGUUUGGAGACCGUGUUUUUCCGAGUCUGUGAACGAGAUCGUCUUAUUUGAACUUACACUUGUGACACAGACUGCUCAGUCUGGGAAAUAAAGCAUAACCCCUACUGUAGAGCUAAAUGCCCUGUGCAUGAAACUUGGAAUAAAGCCAAUGUAUAAGCCUGUUGACCCUUACUCUCGGAUGCAGUCCACCUACAACUACAACAUGAGAGGAGGUGCUUAUCCCCCAAGGUACUUUUACCCAUUUCCAGUACCACCUCUGCUUUAUCAAGUUGAACUUUCUGUGGGAGGACAGCAGUUUAAUGGCAAAGGAAAGACGAGACAGGCUGCGAAACACGAUGCUGCUGCUAAAGCUUUGAGGAUCCUGCAGAAUGAGCCGCCGCCCGAGAGGCUGGAGGUGAAUGGAAGAGAAUCAGAAGAGGAGAAUCUCAAUAAAUCUGAAAUAAGUCAAGUGUUUGAGAUCGCGCUUAAACGGAACCUGCCUGUGAAUUUUGAGUCUUUCCCUCUGGCACAGGUGGCUCGGGAGAGUGGCCCGCCGCACAUGAGGAACUUUGUGACCAAGGUCUCAGUUGGGGAGUUCGUGGGGGAAGGUGAAGGGAAGAGCAAGAAGAUCUCCAAGAAGAAUGCUGCCAUAGCUGUUCUCGAGGAGCUGAAGAAGUUACCACCCCUGCCUGCAGCUGAGCGCACGAGGCCCAGGCUCAAAAAGAAAACAAAGCCCCCCGGCCGGCUGCAGACGAGCCCGGAGUAUGGGCAGGGCAUGAAUCCCAUCAGCAGACUGGCCCAGAUCCAGCAGGCGAAGAAGGAGCGGGAGCCCGAGUACCUGCUGCUCACAGAGCGCGGCCUCCCACGCCGCAGGGAGUUCGUGAUGCAGGUGAAGGUUGGAAACCACACUGCAGAGGGAACAGGCACCAAUAAGAAAGUGGCCAAACGCAACGCUGCGGAGAACAUGUUGGAGAUCCUGGGGUUCAAAGUUCCACAGGCACAGCCCACGAAGCCGGCGCUCAAGUCAGAGGAAAAGACACCAGUGAAGAAACCAGGGGAUGGAAGAAAAGUAACCUUUUUUGAACCAGGCUCUGGGGAUGAAAAUGGGACUAGUAGUAAAGAGGAGGAGUUCAGGAUGCCUUAUCUUAGUCAUCAGCAACUGCCUGCUGGGAUUCUUCCCAUGGUGCCCGAGGUCGCCCAGGCUGUAGGAGUCAGCCAAGGACAUCACACCAGAGAUUUCUCCAGGGCAGCUCCAAACCCUGCCAAGGCCACGGUAACUGCCAUGAUAGCCCGAGAGUUGUUGUAUGGGGGCAGCUCGCCCACAGCCGAGACCGUUUUAAAGAAUAACAUCUCUUCAGGCCACGUACCCCAUGGACCUCUCACGAGACCCUCUGAGCAACUGGACUAUCUUUCCAGAGUCCAGGGAUUCCAGGUUGAAUACAAAGACUUCCCCAAAAACAACAAGAACGAAUUUGUAUCUCUUAUCAAUUGCUCCUCUCAGCCGCCUCUGAUCAGCCACGGCAUCGGCAAGGAUGUGGAGUCCUGCCACGACAUGGCUGCCCUGAACAUUUUAAAGUUGCUGUCUGAAUUGGACCAACAGAGUACAGAAACGCCGAGAACAGGAAACGGACCAGUGUCUGUGUGUGGGAGGUGCUGAACCUUUUCUGCCUAUGAACCAUUAUAAAAUCCCAACAUAUAUACUGAAAAUACUGAAACUGCUUUGAAAAUUUGGAAUUUCUGAUACCUCCAGUGGGCCGAGAGACACGCUGGGUAAGAACGUGGGCGGAGCGAAGACGGCAGCGUGAGGAGGUGGCCGUGGCUGAUUGGCUCUGACGGCCGCGCAGCGACUGCGGCCUGCACCGCUGGGAGGAAGGGCCCGCCGCGGCUCUGCGCUCCAGCACGGCGGUGCUGUUUUGGGUUUGGUUUUUUUUUUUUCCUUUUUCCUUUUUUUGCUGUGUGGAAGAAGAAACAGAAAACAGAAGGGAGGACGCCUUCUCAGACUGGCUCACUCAAACACUUUGGGACAAACCCUGGACAGCCACGCUGGACAGAGGCCUUCCGCCGGCCCCAGAGCAGAAGCGCCAGAGAAAAUCCAAUGCUUCCUUCAGCGUCACCGAGCUUUCUAGCGUGCGCCCCCACCGUAACCACUGCUCUCUUCCUCCAGUGACGCGUGUUCUCAGUUCUUUAUCUUCUUCUCAUUGAUAUGACACUAUAUGUGAGAGUUUCUCAGUUGUAUCUAGUUACAUAGCACAGUUUAGAAACAAUAAUCUAGCCGGAAAGAUCAUACCGUGUGUAUGUGGUUAUAUAUUUUUCUUUCAUUGUCCUAACCCAGGACCAUUUCAUUGAACACAAAUGGUGUGCCCUCUGCUCUAGCUGAGACAGUCCCGAUGCCUCAGACCCUGAUGAAGUCUCCCACAGUUGUAUAAAUUGGACACUGUAGGAAUUUUAAACUUUAGAUGAUCAUUUCGUUCCUUUUCUAUUUUAUUUUUGUUAAUGCAACAGGACUUAAACAAAUGAACUUUGAUCUUUGUUUUAAAGAUUAUUAAAAACAAUUGUGUCUACACGUGGCUCUUGAGGGCGUAGCUUCACUACACUACAGGGUGUGGUCGCCGUGUGGUACUCACACACCUGCAGGUUGAUUUCCGUGAGUGCUUGAUACUGUCAUUACAUCUCCAUGUAGGGCUGAAUAGGAUGACCCGUGUUGAUGUAUGCAGCUGUGUCGCUUUAGGUGUUGUUGCUGUACACAGAGUGUGUACUGAAGGUUCUGCGUGUGGUCCAGACGAAAGCUCAGUAGGCCCGCCAGGCCAGUACUGCUUCCGUCCGUGUUUGCGCUGGAAUGUUCUCUCCCCAUGGAAUGUAAGUAAGACUUAGUGUUGUCACCAAUAAAUGGUCAUACUAAAUUUCUUUUGUUAAUUUAUUCUCAGAUGCCACUACUGCUAGGUGGACACCUCCCAACUCAACCCCUACCCUUUUUUAUUUUUAAGAAAGAAAAAUUUAUAAUGCUUGUGAUUCCAUCUUGACAAAAAUAUGAAGAACUGAAAUAACUUUAUAUCAAACUGUUGAUCAAUAAACAGCUACUAAUGAA